AUGGACUCGAUCUUUGGCCGAAAGAAGCGCUCGCGCCAGUUCAACUCGGACGCCGCGGACAAGGCCAUCCCCUACGAACGCACCGUCAGCGGCCGCACGCCCGUUCAUGUCGAUGGCGCACUCGCAGCCUCCUCGUCGGCGUCCUCGUCGGCUGCUGCAGCAUACUAUUCAAACCCAAGCCCAAACAGCUCCAAGCUUUCGAUUGGCAAUCCGUCAGGCAAUCCUAGCCUCGGCGCCGGCGUGCAUCGCUCCAGCGCUUACUCGGACGCCAACUACCAGUACGAACCCUCGUCGGCUUCCAUCAUCUCGCAUGCAAAUGGAUCGACAAUCUCGUCCAGCGGCCUCGGCGCACAUCGUCGUCAGCUGUCGGGUGCCUCAUCCUCGCGCCAUGCACUCAGCACGCACGACUCGAUGCACUCCAGCUCCUCGUCGUUCCCAGGCCAGAAUGGCGCCCGCUCGUCGCGCUACACCUCCACCACCAGCGCAGGCAUCGCCCACGACUCCGCCUCCAUCCGCUACAACGGCGGCGCCAACCUCCCACACGAAGUGCUCACCAGAAUGUCCGUCGCCUCCACCGCCAACCCCGAAUCGGCAUUCCCCAGCACCAGCACCAGCCACUCGAGCCUCGGCCACACGAGCCUCGGCAGAGACUCCUACCAACCGUCAGCAGCCAACAGCGCCAAGGCGCCCGACUUUGUCCUCCAGCGUCCACCCGACGCCGACGUCGAGCGCCUCUUUGCCGAACUCAUGGACAAGCGCGACUUCCUCAACGUCCCCGGCGGCAACCUCUCGGACGAGCUCAAGGAGACCGCGCGCCGCAACAUGCUCGGCUUCAGCGUGGACAAAAAGUGGACGCUCGUCUACAACGACAAGCUCACCGAGUGGCACGCCGAAAAGGAACGCGACCGCAACCGUCGCCACCACGCCGCCGGUGCGGGCGGCCCGGCAGGCGCAGCCUCCGGCCUCGUCAUCACGCGCAACUCGCCCGAGUGGUUCAUCAAAAAGUUCAUGGACGGCACCGUCACCACCAAGCACAUCGAGUCGCUCGCCGUCACGCUGCGCACCUGCGCCAUCGGCUGGAUCCAGAGCUUCGUCGAGGCAAAGGGCACGCCCGUCCUCGCAAGCUUCCUCAGCGGCCUCCACGCCAAGGGCAUCAAGUCGGACAACGACCUCGCGCUCGAGUACGAGGUGCUCAAGGCCUUUCGCUCGCUCUUCAACUCCAAGCCGGGCGCCAACGAUGCGCUCGCACAGCCAAAGUGCAUCAGCGGCAUCACCCACUCCAUGAUCUCGCUCCAGCUCGCCACGCGCAAGCAGGCCGCCGACAUCCUGCUCUUUUUGUGCCACUGGGACAAGCCCACGGGCCACCGCCUCGUGCUCAAGGCGUUCGACGACCUCAAGUCGAGCCAGGGCGACCACGGACGCUUCGACGCCUGGUUCCGCGUGCUCGAACAGACCAUCGACGGACGCGGAAAGAUGGGCUCCAUGGUCGGCGCCUCGGACGAAGUGAAAAAGCUCAGCGUGGUCGGCCCGCACGAGUCGAGCCUCAACGAGUAUGCGAUCAACAACAUGUUUCUCAUCAACGCCAUCCUCAACUCGGACAUCGUGCCCGAGUUCGAGGUGCGCGUGCAUCUGCGCAACCAGAUGGAGGCGAGCGGCCUCCAGCGCAUCCUCAUCAAGAUGCGCGCCUUCAAGAACCCGGACCUCGACCUGCAGAUCGGCGUCUUUGAAAAGGGCGCCGAAGCGGACCACGAAGACGUCGUCGAGACGUUCAACAAAGAAGUGCUCACCGACUUGAGCGACCCCGUCGACGUCUUCCGCGCCAUCGUCGGCAAGGUCGAGGGCUCGCGCGCCUACGACUUUUUCCUCUCGGCGCUGCAGCAUCUGCUGCUCAUCCGCCGCGACGGCGACGACCUCGUGCACUACUACCAGCUCAUCGACUCGAUGGUCACCUCGGUCGUCAUGGACCGCAAGGGCGCCGUCGAGGGCAACGACCUCUCCUCCCUCCUCGGCGUCUCGGUCAACAACGUCCUCUCGCGCUUCGCAGACCAGGACCACAUCAACUCGAUGCAGUCCGAACUCCAAAAGGCCAAGGCCAAAGCCACCGCGCUCGAGCAGGAGAAGCUCGAGCUCGAGGCCAAGCUCAAGCAGUCCUCCGACGGGCUCAUCGGCAAGCUGCAGGAGCAGAUCGAGAAGCUCGAGGACGAUCUGUCGCUCGCGCGCGGCAAUGCCGGUGCCGCGCGCGACGAGAUGGACGAGAUGGAAAAGGCCUACAUCGACCGCGUCGUUGCGCUCGAGAUCCAGAUCCGCGAGCUGUACGAUAUGCUGCGCGAGGCCCAGAUGGACGUCAGCGACGUCGCCGCGCCGGGCAAGGGCAGCCUCGACCGCAAACAGCUCGUCGACACGCUCGAGAAGCAGCUCGAACGCAACAAGACCAUCCGCAAGCUCGAGGCGAAUGCGCGCAAGAACAAGGCGGGCGCGCCGAGUGUGCCGCCCGUACCCGGGGUGCCCGGGGUGCCGACCGAAGACGAUCGCAAGCGCAUCUCGGCGUCGGUGCGUCGUCAGUCUGCACUGCUGCGCGCGGCCGACGAGCAAGCCGGAGACGAGGAGGAGGAGGAGGAGGACGCCGAGGGACCGGACGAGGAGUCGUUGGAUCCCGAGGCGGCCAAGUGGAAGAUCCAGGCGACGCUCGCAGCGGGCAUGGCGCAGAACACCGACCUGGCAUCGCGCAUGGUGGAUGCACGCGAGUCGCGCCGUCGCAAGGUACAGGCUCCCACGCCCCAUGCCGCCGCCGCCGCCGGUGUGAAGCGCACCUCGCACCCCGCCGUGCGCACGCUCCUCGACGAGAUCCGCCGCCAGCGCGGCGACGACGACUCGGACUCGGACGACGAGCUGCUCGCCGGCAGGGGCAAAAAGAAGCCCAGCGCGCUCGCCAGUGUCGCAGAGGCGGGCGCGGUGCCCGAGAUCGUGUCGACCUCGCCGUCGGGCGGUGUCGCAGCGCUGCCUCCGCCACCACCGCCUCCGCCCCCUCCGCCGCCGCCGCCUGCGAUGCUGCUGCCCGCGUUGGCACCGGGUGGACCGGACAAGGCGAUGCGAGAUGCAGCGGCCAUGCCACCGCCACCACCGCCACCACCGCCUCCGCCGCCCGCGCCAGGCAUGCGCUCCGCCUUCUCCACGCCCGAAUCGUCGCGGCCCGGAUCGAUGCUCGCCUCGGUGGGCGGCACACCAGCGCCGCCCGCGCCGCCGCCGCCGGGGUCGGUGCACGAGUCGCCCAUGCAGGACGGCCUCUUCCGCAACUCGAUGAUGAAUGUGCGCGCGUCGUAUGCGCCGAUGAACCUCGGGCCCGCGGGUCCCGUUGCAGCGCCGCCGGCGCCGGGCGUGGCGGGGCUGUUUGUCAACCACGCGCUGAGCCGCAAAGAGGUGCUGGCGAUGGCGCGCAGCAAGAUGAAGCAGCUGCAGUGGGACAAGCUGUCGCCGCAGCAUGCGGCCGAGACGAUCUUUGGGCAGCACGAGCUGACGGCGGACGAGGAGCAGAUCGUGCGGCAGCUGCAGCAGGAGGGCCUGUUCGACGAGAUGGAGGAGGACUUCAAGGCGAAGCAGCCGGUGAAAAAGUCGGCUGCGAUGGCCAAGAAGGACAAGAUCGAGCUCAAGACGCACCUGAGCCUGCAGACGCGCCAGGGCAUCGAGAUGGUGCUCAAGCGCGUCAAGUCGAGCCUGACCGAGAGCAAGCAGGCGUCGCCCGAGGAGGUGGCGCACCACAUUAUCAACUGCAACGACGCGGUGCUCGACCAGAGCUUCCUCACGGAGCUGCUGCGCCACUAUCCCGAGUCCGAGACCAAGGGGCAGCUGGGCGAGUACCGCAAUGCGUCGGACGAGGAGCUAAGGCUGUUGCAUCCUGCCGACCGCCUGGUAGUGCUGUUGAUGACGGUGCCGCAUCUCAAGGAAAAGGUCAAGGGGUUGUUGUACAUGACGCGGUACAAGGAGACGUUCGACCUCAUCAAGGGCGGCACGGUCAAGGUGCGCGAUGCGUCCGAGGGCCUCAUGAAGGCCAAGUCGUUUGCGCGUCUGCUGAGCCUUGUGCUCAUGAUGGGCAACUACCUCAACUCGACCGGCGUCCAGGGCGGCGCGUUCGGCUUCAAGAUCACGUCGAUCAACAAGCUCGUCGACACCAAGGCGUCGGACGGCACGACGCUGCUCCACUUUAUCGAGCGCACCAUCUCGCGCUGCUUCCCCGAGGUCGAGGCGUUUAUGGACGAGCUCGAGCUACCUGCCGAAGCGUGCCGCGUUCAGCUGUGGGACUUGCGACGCGAUCUGGCCGAGCUCAAAUCGGGCAGCUUUCAGCACCGCAAGGAGCUCGACCGAUUGCUGGAUGAGGACGAAGAGAACCUGCAGGAUCCGUACGUCAAGAUCAUGCUGCCGUUCCUGAACGAUGCGGCUUCGGAGCUGCAGAGGCUCAACGACCAGGUUCAGUUUGCCGAGCGCGUGUACAACGAGGCUCUCAAGUACUUUGGCGAAGGCCCGGAUCCCAAGAAGCGCGGGCUGGGCCAACUGGCCAACCAGACGAUGCGGACGGAAGACUUUUUCGGCAUCUUCAAGGAGUUCCUCGCGGCGUACAAGAAGGUGAAGCUGGACAAUGUGCGCAUUGGCGAGCAGCGGGCGCUGGAGGCCAAGCGGAGGGCGGCGGCCGAGGAGCGCGAGCGCGAACGGCAGGAGGCGCUCGCAAGGAAGGAGGCGGGUGUGGACGAUAGCGCGGUGCUCGAAACCCUGCUUGGAUCAUUGCGAAGUGGAGGCGGGGGGCCGAAUAAGCAGCGACGCAAGGCGAGGGAGAGGAGACAGACCAAUGCGGCGUCCAAUGCGGGGGGUGGGUCGGAAGACUCGACGCUCGGCUCUGGGGCAGGGGUGGCGGGGGAGAAGGGUAACCCGUCCGAUGUGGCUGCGGCCAUGCUGGCGAAGCUGCAGGGCGGAGAAGAGGGCAGCGAGGUGGCGACGAGCAGCGCGUUCAGGCCGACGAGGAGGAGAGAUCGACGGUCCGGUCGCGAUGCACCGCUUCCACCUGGAUCGGCGGCGGUCGAGGAGGGAUCGCCCGCACAGUCGUCGCCAUCGCUCUCGCAAACCGCCUCGAGCGCAACGCAUACGCCGUCUGCUUCCAUCUCGGCCUCAACGACGGUGCGCGCAGAUACUUCGGCGGCGGCAGAUACGACCGUCCUCGCGCCGGCUCCCGCCGCCGCCGACGCAAAGGAGGAGAACGACGCAGAGGAGAAAGACAAGGAGGAGGGAGAGGACGAGGUGGAGUUUGAAGAUGCUCUCCCCGCCCAGGGUGGAGGUGAACUCGAGUGGUUCGACCCGGAUACGUCGGGGUUCUCGGCGGCGGGUAAGAGCAGUGCCUCGCAUGAAGCGGGACAGUAG